GACAACUUCAAUACCACGCCCCCCAAAACCCGCGCCAAAAUAAAACGGGAAAGAGCGAGAUGUUGGAAGGCUUGAAGCAUUCGGAUCGGAUAUAUCGAAUUUCAGGGAUCAGGUUCAGGGGCGAUUCAUCCACAAAAAGUAACAGAAUGUUUCCUUUCUUUUCCUUUCCUUCAAAGAGAAGAACGGAGGAGUGAGAGAGGAAUCAUGGCCGGGUGAUUAUUACGAAGGAAAACAUCUCUGGUUUUAUCCACAAGAGAGUGGGAGAUAGAUCUUCGAUCAAACCCUAGAAAUGGAGGAGAAAAUGAUACAGCGGUUGGAGUCCGUAGUAGCUCGUCUGGAAGAGCUUUCUGUUGGGUUCCGUCCCGUGAGUUCGUCGGAGGUGGGUGUGGAUGCACGGAUGGAUCCGAUAAUCCUUGCUUACGAUGAUCUCAUGGCGAAUUUCCUCGGUAGGGUCUCUGCCGCUGCGGAGAAUAUCGGGGGAAAAGUUCUGGAAGUGACGAAGGUCGUCGAGGAGGCAUUCUCUGUUCAGAAGGAACUUCUUGUCAAGGCCAAGCAAUGUCAGAAACCUGACAUUGCGGGUCUGGCAGAAUUUCUCAAGCCAUUAAAUGAGGUCAUCAUGAAGGCAAAUGCAUUGACUGAAGGACGGCCUGAUUUCUUCAACCACUUGAAGACUGCUGCUGACAGUCUCACAGCCUUAGCUUGGAUUGCCUACUCAGGCAAAGAUUGUGGUAUGAGUCUUCCUAUUGCACAUGUGGAAGAGAGUUGGCAAAUGGCUGAGUUCUACAACAAUAAGGUUCUAGUGGAGUAUAAAAGUAAAGACCCUAAUCAUGUGGAGUGGGCCAAAGCUCUGAAGGAGCUCUAUUUACCAGGUUUGAGGGAUUAUGUUAAGUGUUUCUGUCCUUUGGGUCCAGUAUGGAAUCCUACUGGAAAAAUGGUUGUUAGUGGCUUGGCAUCCGCACAGUCAAAACCUUCUCUGCCAAAUGCCCCUGCCCCUCCACCAGCUUUCACUUCUGAAUCUUCUGGUUCUUCAUCAUCAUGUCCAAAGGAAGGGAUGUCAGCUGUAUUUCGUGAAAUCAAUUCAGGGAAGCCUGUGACUGCUGGAUUGAGAAAGGUAACAGAUGAUAUGAAGACAAAGAACCGCACGGAUAGAACUAGCAUUGUUGGUGCUAGUGAAAAAGAGACACGUACCACUUCCCUGUCCUCGUCUAAGGCUGGACCUCCAAAAUUUGAGCUUCAAAUGGGUCGCAAAUGGGUUGUUGAGAAUCAAAUCGGAAAUAAGGGCUUGGUUAUUGAUGACUGUGAUGCAAAACAAUCUGUAUAUGUUUUUGGAUGCAAAGAUUCUGUUUUGCAAAUCAAAGAGAAAGUGAACAAUAUAACACUUGACAAAUGCACUAAGAUGGGAAUUGUAUUCACGGAUGUUGUAGCAGCUUGUGAGAUUGUGAAUUGCAAUGGUGUUGAGUUGCAAUGCCAGGGCUCAGCUCCAACAAUUUCAGUGGACAAUACAGGAGGCUGCCAAUUAUACCUAGGCAAAGAUUCGCUGAAAGCUUCUAUAACAACAGCAAAGUCGAGUGAAAUAAAUGUUUUAAUACCUGGUGAAGGCCCUGAUGCUGAUUGGGUGGAGCAUGCAUUGCCUCACCAGUUUGUUCACGUGUUUAAGGAUGGCCAACUUGUAACAUCCCCAGUCUCUCACUCUGGGGGUUAGAUGACAAAUCGUCGGCUAUAAUAUUCGGCAAUUAUUGCGUAGAAUAUGAGAAGCUGCUUUCUGCUUGUCUUAUUUUUUCUCCUUUGCUCCAAUUAAAGGUCAGCGUCUGUAUAUGGCCUAUAUAUGUAAACCGUUAUUCAUUGUUUUUUUCCGAGUUUAACUAAGGUGCAUUUCAUAUAUUUGCUGCACGUUAGAUCAAAAUUUCAAUCAAUCUUGUUAAAAGACAGUCAUAUGGUAUAUUUAAUUUUCAUUGGUUCA